AUGUACUUACCACCGGACUUAUGCAGGUACAAUAAAGUGCCGCCGAACCAGUUUCAAAAUGUACUCAGCAACAGUAUCCUCCCCAUUCAGUCCACAGAUCCAAAUUGCGUGUUCAGGCUUCAAGAGCAACAGUUCAGCUUUGAUCAUCUAGAUGGCACCUUUGUUCCUGAUCUUGCAAUUCGUAUAUCACGUACACCGCUGAACUCGAGUGAUCCUAGUACUUACGCAUCAUUAUCCAAAUUUGUUGAACAGAACCUGAGAAAAUAUCACACAACCCUAGGAAACAUCAAUCAAAAUCAGCUGAUAAAUCCAUUAUCCAGGCCUCCUGAACAAACUGGAGUCCAGCCUGAUGGCAAGGGAGAAGUUCUGCCAGUUGGAUAUGGUAUAAAUCCUUUAAUUGCUGACUCAUUUAAAAACGUUCACUUGACUCCUGGCUGUUUUGCGGACAUAAUCAACUUUGAUAAGUCUAGUUCCAGCAACAACGAAAAGAGACCCUCCAACCCUACUACUGCACGUUUAUGGGGUAAGCAGAAGCCUGUGAGAACUGAUACAACAAUUGCCUCUGAUGAUUUGAAAUCUCCCAAAAGCAACUUGUCUCGUUCUACCUCAAACUUCAUAUCAAAAGUUUCGACGGCCGACAAUUACAAUCGAAAGUACUCCAACGCAUCUUCCGUACUGGUAGGAUGCCAUGGCCGAAUCAUCAACCUGAUUUCAUUGGAAGAAGAUCUCAAGGAAACAGAUGUCGAGAUUCCACUGCUUAAAGUUGUAUUUUCCUCAAGCAUCAUAACCACAUUUUCCUGUUUUCACUAUACAACAACUUCAGGAGAAAGAAAUCUGGACAUUCUCGUUGCCUUUGCGUCAGGCGAUAUCUUUUGGCUUAGCUUUCCGAAGCUGAAAUAUUCAAGAUGGAAUAAGAAUGCCAAAUUGAAAAACAAACCUGUUAUGUCUUUGCAAUGGUCACAAUGCGGAAGUUUUGCCGUCGUCGGAUUUGCAGACGGAGAGGUCAUGGUCUUUCAUAGAGAUUUCGAGGAUGCAGAAGUCUAUGAAGAAAAUAAAGCUGCUUCUCAGAAAUCCAGGCACAUGACUGUAUUGAAAUCUUUAAGCUCACAACAGACAGGAUCAAACCCAGUGUCUCAUUACAAGUUUUCCUACAAAGCCAUCACGAAACUCAAAUAUCAUCCUGCUUUCCCUAAUAUUUGGACAAUCGCAAGUGAUGAUGGAUUUGUCCGUCUUUUUGAUUUCUUUUCUGAAGUCAUAACAGACAUCGUACCAUCGUACUAUGGAGGCAUUCUUGACAUAGACAUCACGAAGGAUGGAAGAUAUAUGGUCUGUGGAGGAGAAGAUGAUUUUGUUUCUAUCUAUGAGUUUUCAAUCUUGGGCAGCGUUGGAACUACCGCUCACGGCUUAUUGAAAUUGAUAGCACGACUUGAAGGUGCAAAAUCUUGGGUUCGUGGUGUGUGCAUUGACUAUUUCAAAACGACGCCUGGAGUUCUUUAUCGUAUUGGAACUGUAGGAGAUGAUGAAACAAUUAGAUUCUAUGAGUUCCAACCUCGAAACUUGCCGAAGGCUAGAAAAUUGAAGAAUGAUAAGAUCAAGCUUUCGAUAAAUCAGAGGCAAAAAUCAAGUCUAACGCUGGAUUCUGGAAGCAAUGCUAGUAUGAAGCACUUACUACUUUCGGAAAGCAUCAAGAAAAGCUGGCUACAGAAUUCUAGAUCUCAAACUUGGACCGAAUCAGUUUCGUCAUUAACUUCUUCAACUCAGUUGCAGCAAUUAUCCUUAUAUGAGAAGAUAAAUCAAGAUCAAUCUGAGGGCUCUAGAAAAGAAGAACAGCAGCCUGGUGCUUCAAAAGCAAGACAUGUGCUAUUCAAAGACAUCAAGACUAUUUUGAAUGUUCCGUCUCAAAGCACCAUCAUUCACGAAGCCAGUAGGUGGAGAAAUUGCCCUAUAUUGUUUCCAAUUGGAGAAAAAAACGUGCAAUUGGGACGCCUAAGCGGUUUGCAAUUUCAGGAAGAGUACGUUUGGGCUUUCAUAUCUACAGGCGAUCUCAUAAGAUGGAGACGACCUAAAAAGACGAAGUCUGAAAUUAUAUAG